AUGGGCCAGAAGCUCUCGGGGAGCCUCAAGUCGGUGGAGGUGCGAGAGCCGGCGCUGCGGCCGGCCAAGCGGGAGCUACAGGGAGCGGAGCCGGGGCGACCGGCGCGGCUGGACCAGCUGUUGGACAUGCCGGCGGCGGGGCCAGCGGUGCAGCUGCGGCACGCGUGGAACCCUGAGGACCGCUCGCUCAAUGUCUUCGUCAAGGAUGACGACCGGCUCACCUUCCACCGGCACCCGGUGGCCCAGAGCACCGACGGCAUCCGCGGCAAGGUGGGCCACGCCCGGGGCCUGCACGCCUGGCAGAUCAACUGGCCGGCGCGGCAGCGUGGCACCCACGCCGUAGUGGGGGUGGCCACGGCUCGAGCCCCCCUGCACUCCGUGGGCUACACGGCACUGGUGGGCAGUGACGCGGAGUCGUGGGGCUGGGACCUGGGCCGCAGCCGCCUCUACCACGACGGCAAGAACAGGCCGGGAGUGGCCUACCCCGCCUUCCUGGGGCCCGAGGAGGCCUUCGCGCUGCCGGACUCGCUGCUCGUGGUGCUGGACAUGGACGAGGGCACGCUCAGCUUCGUGGUGGACGGCCAGUAUCUGGGCGUGGCCUUCCGCGGCCUCAAGGGCAAGAAGCUGUACCCAGUGGUGAGUGCGGUGUGGGGCCACUGCGAAGUCACCAUGCGCUACAUCAACGGCCUUGACCCUGAGCCCCUGCCGCUGAUGGACCUGUGCCGGAGAUCCAUCCGCUUGGCCCUGGGCCGCCAGCGCCUACGGGACAUCGGCGCCCUGCCCCUGCCUCAAUCUCUCAAAAACUAUCUGCAGUACCAGUGAGGCUGAGGAGCAGCAGUGGGGGACCCACACACAGCAGGGCCUGGGCCUGUCAUUUCACAGUCACACAGUACAUUCAGGAAGGCGUCCUCCUCCUCGCCCCAGAGCGCCAGGACACUCCGUUCUUGGAAAGGACCAGGAUGCGUUCCCAACGUUGAAAGUGAAAUGUCCCUUGCCAACAGUAUUUGCCACCCUGGAGGCAGCCCUCCUAAGUCAGGCGCCUCCUUGGGAGCCAUGAGGAGCCCGGAGCCUGCGCCCAGCGGAGAUCCUGCCCCCCGACCAAGAAGACACAGCGGCCCCGGUAUUGAUCAGAGAGUGUGUCUCCUUAUUCACGAGAAUGAAUGAAACAUUUGGGCGGGAGGCUCGCUGUGGUGUGCCCGGGUGCAGACAGGGCCGGGGAAGACUGGCCAGCUCGGGGAGGAAAGUGCGGCCGAAUGAUGAAGUACGAAAGCAGCUUGGUGCCGACGCUCUCUUGACACCUUGGGACUUUGUGCUCCUUUGAAAGACUGUUACCCAGGGAUGCCUGAUGACAGAAUUGGCAAGUGGACAAAGCCGUGUGUAGACCCCUUCCAGCUUACCUCUUUGCACAUUGUUUACUUACCCUUUCACGUGCCCUCUGUCCCCACCGCUGACCCACAGUUCCCUGGCUACCCCAGGCACCUCUCUUCGGGGAAGCUGAGUCUGACUAAUUCACCCCGGGGACAGAGUGUAGCCUUGAUUAUUAUUAUCUUACAUCUGGUGGCAUUUUAAAAGAGGAAUGUGGUGAGGGCAGUAUGUAGUCCAAAGGUGCUAAUGGGGGAAGUGGGGGCAUUGUGACACCCGAGUGGAUGAUGGCCUCAGGCUGGGGAGCCUUCCUGGGGUGCUGAGGGACUCUAGGCAACUGUCCAUUCGGAUGUACCUAGCCAUCACAAAGCUUUAUUUGAGCGAAUUAUUUUUUCACUUUAGGAGACACGAACGAGUUUGUUUCUGUUUCAAGCGUGUGUGCGAUGUGCUGUUUAUUUAUCAGCUUGGGGCUGCACGGGUGGCCCCGGACCCGUAAGGGUGCGGGUCCCGAGCCUGGUCCUCUCCUGGGGAUGCCACCACCACCCUUGUCGGGCAUCUCUCAUGCGCUCCCAGAGCUGUGUCCAGACUCCGUUAUAACUGGAAAUUGUCACCGCAGUGGGAUCCCAGAGCCCCAGACGGCACCGCCUCCCCCGACUUUAAUGUGAAUUUGACUGAUGAAUGAGGAGCGUUUCUAAUAAAGUGUGUUGU